UGAUCAGAUUUCACUGCAAAGGUGAUUGCUCUAUCUACAAGCGACGAACCCAAAAAUGUUGUCUAGAUGAGAAUGUACAAUUCAGUCUAGUUUCAGUACAAUCGUGAAGUGAUCGUGAGGUGAUCGAGGGGUAUUUUGUUGGCGAACUGGCAUGUGCAUUGCAUACCAAUUAUGACUGACAAACGGAAAGAGGGCACAAAGAAGACGGAUGAUCGUUCCAAAGCAGAGGACGGCGCCAACUCGUUAAACGCAAAACCAUCCUCAUCGGUUAACCAUAGGCGUUUGCAGGAAGAUCGAGCAAGUUUGUUCGAUUUGCGUACGACAUCGGGACAGAUUUUAUUCAUCGUGGUGACUGUGGCUGCCGUGGUACUAGUACAAUGUCUUCCUAAUGAUUCGCUCAAGUCUCUCCUAAACUUGCAGUUGCCAAGGCAACACUGUAAGCCAGAGGUACAGUUGGUGGAGAAGAAAGUUGUUUCGCACGAGUCACGCCCUAAGUAUUGGGUGUUUGGACGUAAUCCCACUGGAGGUCACCUGCUGCAUGUGCACAAUGUACUGCAACGUUUGGGCAUCGAUCAAACCAGCAACGAUACGACCGACUGGGAUCUGCUUUGGGCGCACGAUUAUCCCUUCCGUAAGCUUAACCUGCAGCGCAUGAAGCGUCAUCAAUUGGUGAACCAUUUCCCUGGCUCCGGAUACAUUACAAACAAGGUGGAUCUUUCCACAACGAAACUGCAGUACAUUCCGGCGGCAUUCAAACUGCCUGCCGAAAUGACCCAAUUUAGAGAAUACGCCAAGACCAAUCCAAACAAACAGUUUGUACAAAAGCAUAACCAGCAUCGCCAUAUACAGAUCAAGAGAACCGACGAGAUCGAUUUCAGCAACAACGAUACCUUUAUUCAAGAGUUUAUUGACGAUCCACUGCUGGUGGAUGGAUACAAAUUCGACAUAGGAGUGUAUACUGUGAUAACAUCGAUCGAUCCACUACGGGUGUACAUCUACAAAGGGGACAUAUUGUUCCGCUACUGUCCCGUGCCUUACCACCCAUUCAAUGCCUCCGAUGUGGACAAGUACAUUGUGGGUGAUGACUAUCUACCGACGUGGGAAGUGCCUUCCCUGAAACCGUACUACACAAAGUAUGGAUUUGGGAUGAAAGAUUCGUUCGAUGCAUACGUCAGAAGCACGGGACGCGAUCCCACCACAAUAUGGGAGCAGGUGGAGGAUGCUAUACGAUUGUUGAUUCUCAAGAAGGAACCCUUAUUUACCGGGCUGCUAUCACGGUACGCUUACAAGCGAAACUUUUUCGAGAUGAUGCGCUUCGAUUUGGUAGUUGACAAUAAGCUGAAGGUGCACCUUAUGGAGGCCAACAUGAGCCCCAAUCUUUCUUCGGCUCAUUUCAAACCGAACCGGCUUCUGUAUGAACAGGUCAUUUAUAAUCUAUUUCAACUCGUCGGUGUUGGAGCGAGCAUUCAGCGAGAUUCAUUCCGCAAACAGCCCCUAGAUACGGAAGCAAUGCUGACCUCGUUGAAGAAUCUUGCCACGGCCGCCAACCUAUGCUCCGAACUGCCCUGUACGGAAUCCUGUGCUCCGGUGGAGUGUCAGCUCUGCAGUACGUGUUUGGAGGAGCAGGAUAUCGAUGAUCUGCAGCGUGCCUACCGUGAGCACAUGAAUCGCGGUGAUAUGAAACUGAUUUUUCCGGUGCCAAAAUUGGACCAGCAUAGGGUUGAUUACGAAUUGCUUUCUGCGAAAAAUCAGUUCAUGUCGAAAUGGUUUGAAGAAAAAUGUAAGGUGGAUCAAUCUUACUGUUAGUGUGUAGUGUAAGUCUUUACAACUUCAAAGGUGCUGGUUGCCGCAAGGGAAGAUAUAUUCAUUAGGACAAAUGCAUCAUAAUUUAUAUUUUAAACAACAUUUCUUUUUAACAAUUUUAUCGCUCUAGCAAAAAACUUCAUCUUAAUUAAGUAACUUUUAAAGAGUGUAGCUCAUACAUCGUUGUGACGAUAUUAGUUUAGAUUUCAAAUUUAAAUAAAGUGUUAACGUAACGAAAA